CUGCACUUUCAUUCCAAUAUUCCAUUCCCUCUCAGCCUUCCCUCUGCUUUCUCUCUGUUUCAAUCUCUCGGUUCCAAUCUCUAGAUAUAGUAACAUAAGACGCAUUCAGUUCCUAUUUCGAGAACGUUUUUCCUUUUCCGGGAGCAAAUAAGGCGCCAUUCGGUUUUCCGGACGAGUAAAACGGCUAAGUGAUGGUGAACUUGUCGUCGAGGUUCCGCCGGGUGUGCGUGUUCUGCGGGAGCAGCGCCGGCAACAAGCCCAGCUACCAGCUUGCCGCUAUCCAACUCGCUAAAGAACUUGUUGAAAGGAACAUUGACUUGGUGUAUGGAGGAGGGAGCAUUGGGCUAAUGGGGCUUGUCUCCCAAGCUGUCUUUGAUGGUGGUCGGCACGUAUUAGGUGUUAUCCCCAAGACUCUCAUGCCUAGAGAGAUAACAGGGGAGACUAUAGGAGAAGUCAGAGCAGUCUUGAGCAUGCACCAAAGGAAGGCCGAGAUGGCUCGACAAUCCGAUGCGUUCAUUGCCCUGCCUGGUACUUAUUACUCGGCUAUCCGGAUUAGAUUCUUAAUUAUUGUACCAAAAGCAAGCCACAUGGUUUGCAUUUCUUAUGAAGAGUUGGACUCUUUAUUAGGUGGCUAUGGAACCUUGGAGGAACUCUUGGAGGUUAUUACUUGGGCCCAGUUGGGAAUCCACGACAAGCCGGUGGGCUUGUUGAAUGUCGACGGAUAUUACGACUCGCUGUUAUCGUUCAUAGACAAGGCUGUGGACGAAGGCUUCAUCAGUCCCUCGGCACGCCGCAUUAUCGUAUCUGCCCCUACUGCCCAUGAGCUCAUGUGCAAGCUCGAGGAAUAUGCACCGGAACACCAUGGUGUAGCCUCCAAGCUAAGUUGGGAGAUUUAGCAACAAUAUAUGGUUGUCGCUCGAAGCUGGAUUUCAUUUGUCGAUCCCAUUGCGAAGAGUGAAUCAAAACAGAAGAGAUUUAGAAGGAAGACGAUGACUGUAAAAUUGAUUAGCUGCUCUCUCCCUCAGCGGUAGAUAUGUACACAGUACACCCACAACACCCCCUAGGUCAGAGAUCAGGAAUCACAUAGUUCGUAGAUCACGAAUUGCUUUAGUUCUUUUUAUCCGAUCGAUUAUGUGUAUGCAGUAAGCAUAUAUCUCAGGUGAGACCAGUUAAGAUUGAUACUUCGUGUCGAUGUCUGCCUUGCUCUAAAUUUCCACACGAUGUAUGGGAAAUAUACAUUUCUUCUAUUUACCAGCUAGACGCAAUCUUAGGAAAGGACCAAAUUUCUCCA